UCGAAUAGAAACUUGGCUCGUCAUUUUAGUGCCGCUUCUGAAUUUGCAUCGUCACUUUUUGGUGUCGUCGGUGUUGUCGUUUCGCUUUGGUGCCGUUGGAGUCGUCGUUCUUGGUAUCGUAGACUUGUUGUCUUGCUGCUAGAAUGUAUCCAAUAUCUUUAUAAGCUGGACUUGGGUUAG